AUGCUGCACACAUCCGUCGUGAGUGCAGAAAUCUUGUCCGCCUCCGGAACUAGUGAAGAUUUAGAUGUUCUAACUAACUACGAAGAAUGGGCAAAGAAAUUUUACUAUAUGCGGCCAUACAUUGUCAUCUCAUCUGACGACACAACCUUCCCACUUUCGCAGGAACUGAUCAUCGCGCUGGUGAAAGACGCCUGGCACUUACGAUCCCCCUGUCAGUUGUAUGAAUGGGAACGGUUAGCUGAAAGGUUGAAACAUGUGCUGGCGCUGAUAUACGCAGAAAUCCGGACUCUGGAUCAACAGGCGACCAUUUACGCUGCACACGCCUUGGAUUGUCUGGUUCCGUUGGACAAAAGCGCCCAGCAAACGCGCGAUUCGUGGUGGAAGCAGAAAAGCCAAGGCCACCGUGGUUACCGAUUCGUUUUCCAAUUAACCCGAUUACAGAAAAUUGGGGUUAUUGAACAUACAUAUGCACAGAAAUACAAUAACAGCCUAGAGCUGGUACUGGAACCGUUGUAUGAAGUGGUCAGCGAAAGUGGACAUGACGACCAACUGUCGUCAUCGGAGUCGAACAUGCCGGUCGUCAGUGGGCUUACCCGACGAUUUAUUCCCGGAAUGUUUGAGUUACGCAUCGAGACACCCGAUACGACGCUGCAUCGCACGACUGUUAGUCUGGUCGAUCUACUGUGUCGGCAGCAUCAAGGAAUGACCAGCUGGAGUGUUUCGGAAUCAAUUAACCUUGUACUGGAACCCUUCAUACAACUUAUUUUAGAUACUUAUUAUACAACAAACUGAGCAGCUAUCUUAAUGCGUGAAUAAUCUUAAAAGCUUGCUCAUCAAAAGUUGCUAUGCUGAUGUGUAAAUGACAAUAUCGGAGUGCGCUAUUGUGUCCUCCGUUAGUGACAUCCCUCAACAUCAUCUAACGCUGUGAGUUAUUUGCUUCAAUGCAUGUAAAUUGAACGUACGCUACAAUCAAUU